GUCUCAUCCGGCCGGAAGAAUCAGCAGCGAAACUCACAACAAUGGCGGACGACUGCAACUCCAAACCUACCGUCGGUCUCGAUCGUCAAGACCAACUACGGCAGUUAUCAUCGUCCGACCACAAAGACGGCGUCGUUCAAGAAACGUUCGAUUUAGACCAAACCGACGCCGUUUUGCAGAAGGCCGACUCUGAAAAUUUUGAAGUAGAAGAAAACAGAGAUGAACAAGAUAAGAACGCCUUCUUCGACGUCGUAAGUCAAGAAGCCGGAGCCUCUAGUAAUUGCUUUGACAGCGCCGUUUUGGAGAAAAGUGAAGAACGAGGUUUUGAAGGAGAAGAGAGAGACGACGCCGUUUGGGGGAGGAAAGGAGAACUACUCCUCCACGACGACGUCGUAAAACCAGAAGCUGAAGGAGAAGAAAAGGUGGAAAUUGCCGAAGCCGCUACUUCUUGCUUUGACGACGCCGUAUUGGAGAAAAGUGAAGAACGAGGUUUCGAAGAAGAAAUGAGAGACGGCACCGUUUUGGUGGGAAAUGAAAAAGUUGUUCUCCACGACGUCCUAAGACAAGAAGCUGAAGGAGAAGAAAAGGUGGAAAUUGCCGGAGCCACUACUUCUUGCUUUGACGAUGCCGUUUCAGAGAAACGUGAAGAACGAGGUUCCGAAGCAGAAACAAGAAACGGCACCGUUUUGGAGGGUAAAGGAGAGCACUGCGUGGAAGAGGCGAUGGGUGCUUAUGCUACUGGCUUAAACGAUGGCGUUUGCAAGAAUCAAGAAUCGAAGCCUGUUGAUUGUGAGACAGACGACUCCGUUUUGGAGAAGGGUGAAAUGGGCGUCUCUGGAAUUCAAGAAAUAUUGAAAAUUGAUGGGAAAUUGAAUGAAAAAAACUGUUGUAUGAAAAUUGAGGUAGUUGAUGAAACGGCAUUAGUAGGGUUUGGAAAGGAAAGAAAAGCCACCAAUUUCUCUGAAAAUUCAAGGAAGAAUGUGAAUCAUAAGAGGCCAAGAAGGAGGGGCAAAAGUGGGGCUGAUGAUAAUCAGAAGUUUGUUGAUAUGGGCUUGGCUCAGAAUUGUGGAACCAGAAAGAAUGAGAAAGGGGGGAAGAGAGUUUAUACGAGGACGGAGUUGGAGGUGUUGAGAUUUGUGGCAGUGGAUUGGCAGAGGAAGAAAUGGACAGAGGUUUAUUGUGGACUUGGUCCUGCUGUGCAGGAGGAGUAUGAUGGACUGGUGGGUUCUGAUAAUCAUAGUCAAUUUCAUCAUCAGCAGCUGCAGCAGCAGAAGAAGAAGCACACCCGUGUUGAUUUCAAUCCGCGGUUCAGAAAUGAGGCACGCUCUUCAGUUUUUGCCCUUUCAGGUGAAGAAUAUUCAGAAAAUGCAGAGAAUGAAAAUGCAUAUGAAAAUCUGAUAGAUCCUCCUGGUCUUCACGUAAUUGAGCAGGAUGAGUGCUUAGAAGAUGAUAGUGAUGAAGACUAUAGUAGCAUUCAGAAACCUGCGUUUUUUGUUACAGGUGAACCUGAUUUUGAUUCAGGCCCUCCAGAAGAUGGUCUAGAAUAUCUUAGACGUGUAAGGUGGGAAUCUGCACAGAUACCCAAAGUGAAGGUUGCCAAGGUUGAUAGAACUAAACUAAACAAGGAGCAAACUGUUUACAUGCCUCUAAUUCCUGAUAUAGCAAAGUGUCCAGUGCACUUAAUGCCACUCAAAGAGUGGGAGGAUGCAUUUCUUGCCGAUUUCUCAGAGUUGAGGCUGGCCUUAUCAAGACUUGAAAAUAUGGAAGCUAAGGUGCAGUCAUCUUCUACUGUUCAUGAGGGACAAUCCUCCUCCAGGCCCUUCGAUAGCUUUCUUCUUGAAAACAUCGAUAAUAUGCCUUUUGUGGAAGAUUCAAGCCAAUCUGUGCAGUGCUGUACACCUGAAACAUGUGGCAAUCCAUGCUCUUCUGUUGUCGCCAAUGAUAAUGAUGGUAUGGAUUCUGUAGCAAGUCCCAGUUCUAGAUCGCAUAUAAGUGGAGUUUCUGAAAAAUGCCCCACCCUGUCUAUGAUUUUGCGGAUGGACUCUGUAGCUCGAGUUUCUAUGCUGAGGAAGCGUAUAAAUGUGGCAGAAAGUAUGAGUAGUAUAUCUUGGGAUGAUUGUCUAUGGCUAUUUGCUCUGUCUGCAGCAGUUGAUUGUCCCCUUGAUGCCGACACUUCUGCAGCGUUUAGGUCAUUGUUGCGGAAGUGUGCAAGCGUGCGAGCAGAGAAGUUGGAAUUGGAUGACGAAGUUGCCAUGCUUAAUAUUCUGGUAACCAUAUCUGGGAGAUACUUCGGACAACUACAAAAUUAAUUGUGGUUUUCUCAGACUUGCAGUAUAGGCUGGGUGGCGUUCCAGUUGUACACAACAAACAGCGCAGGACUUGCAAUAGGCUGAUUUUUUGUGUUUCUUGUAAUUUCAGAUGAAUGUGUUUGUCUUGACUUAUUUUGCGCAUGUGACUAUUUAUGUCUAUUUAAUUCGUUACUUAGCCGUAAAUUUUUACUAAUAUUUUGGUUGAAAUUUGUUAUGCCGGUAUACCCUCUGUUUCUGAAGGUAAGGCUUUCAUUUUAUGAUUUUAA